AUGGAGGCCAAAAUUCUAUGGAAGCAUGUGACGAAUCCUCCAGCAGCGAAGUCUACCGGAAUCCCAGCCAAGUCCAACAAGCAGAAUCUAAGGAAAUCCACCUCCCAAAAGGUAGCCUCUUCCUUCACUCGGGUCUGCCUCUGCGCUCCCAUCUCCUCCUACAACGAGGUGUUCCGAGCAGAAGUCCCGCCGCGAAGAAGCUACAGUUGUACGAGGUCGAAAUCCGUCGUGGCGUCGUCGGAAAGGACCGUAAGCACGAGGACUUCUGCCGAGGGACGAAGAGUGUUCCGGGGGAAGUCACUGACGGAUGACGUGCUGAUGAGAAGGUUUGUGGUGGAAGAGGAGGCGAUGACGCAGCAGAGGAGGAGGAACCAGAUGGAGUUCGUCAGGAAGAGGAAUGCCAUGAGAAGGAAAAAGAUUGGGCCGAGUCCUCUCAGUAGGAUGGCAAUGGCCGAGGAAGAAGAGUAG